UUGUGGACUUUCUUGAUGUUUUCUUCUUUGACUCAUCUCCGAGGUUGAACAGAGUCUUAACCUUCUCUCCCCUCACCCUCUUGGAUCUUCUGUUUUCUCCUGUUGGGAUUUUUCCUUCUUUUUUCCCCAGCCUGAUUGCCUGCUCUCCUGUCUGCAUAUCAACCCUUCCUCUUCCCCUGCUCUCCUCUUCCUCCCAUCUUCCUCCGUUCCCUGUCGCCGUGUGCGUGGUUUUUGGGCUAUGCUCUCCUCACCCACUGUGAUUCUCCAGCCUUAUGGACUCCCUGUCUACCCACAGACAACCACAUGCUACCCCAGCCUAGUCCAGGGAGGCCCCACGCAGGAGGCCGGCCCCGGCAGCGCCGACCCCGCCCUGCCUCAGGUCUACGCCCCUCCUCCCUCCUACCCCCCUCCGGGUCAGGGUCCGCCAACACCCGCGGCCAGGCUGCCACCUCUCGAUUUUAGCUCUGCACAUGCCAGUUCAGAGUACCCCGAGCAUCCCCAGCUCAGAGUCUAUCAGGGCCCUCAGCUGGACGGGGCCGAGGCUCUGACAUCCAGUAACACGGAGGAUGCUUUGGUCCCUGUGACCUCUGACUCCCAGUCUCUGAGCGUGUCGGUGUCAUCGGUGGGCGGAGCAGGAAGCGGAAGUGACGAGGAAGGGUCAGGUAAGGCCCAACCGAAACGCCUCCACGUCUCCAACAUCCCCUUCCGCUUCAGAGACCCCGACCUCCGCCAGAUGUUUGGGCAAUUUGGCAAGAUCCUUGAUGUGGAAAUUAUCUUCAAUGAGAGGGGGUCAAAGGGCUUCGGGUUCGUCACCUUCGAGAGCGCCACUGAGGCUGACAGGGCCAGAGAGAAGCUGAACGGGACGAUUGUGGAGGGGAGAAAGAUUGAGGUUAACAAUGCCACUGCAAGAGUGGUGACCAAGAAGCCCCAGACGCCUCUGGUGAAUGGUGAACUUUCAACAUCUGGAUGGAAGAUCAACCCUGUCAUGGGGGCGAUGUACGCACCUGAACUCUACACAGUUGCCAGUUUCCCGUACCCUGUAGCGACUCCCACCUUGGCCUACCGGGGCUCUGCGCUGCGGGGUCGAGGCCGAGCCGUCUACAACACGAUCCGCUCUGCUGCAGCCACACCUGCUGCAGUGCCCGCCUAUCCGGGGGUGGUAUAUCAGGAUGGACUGUACGGAGCAGAAGUAUAUGGAGGCUAUCCUGCAGCUUACAGAGUGGCUCAAUCAGCGUCUGCCGCCACAGCAACCUACAGUGAUGGAUACGGACGGGUUUACGCCACAGCUGCAGAUCCCUAUCACCACUCGGUCGGACCAACAACAACAUAUGGAGUUGGAACAGUGGCCAGUUUGUACAGAGGAGGAUACAACCGCUUCACCCCCUACUGAGCAGCCCGCCCGCAGGGGGGGUCGGGGUACAGACGCCUCUCUUGAACUCUGGGAUUGGCUGAUCCGUGGACGCUGCAGGACAGAGAGUGAGAUCCUUAAACUUUGGAAAUGUGGAAAUGGUUUUACCUCCUGUCUCCAUCACAACCUCUCCUCGAGAGACUAAACAGACUGAAGCUGUAAAUACUGUAGGGCCCAUUUACCGCCCAUUCUGCUGAUGAAUACCUAGCACCUGGAAGAGGAUGAUAUGUAAUAUAUAGACAGUUGCUUAAUUGUUUUCUGAAUUUAAAGAGUGCUGAUGCCGGUAGAUGGCCUCACACUGCAGAAGGUGAAAAAUACUGUGAGACUGAUGUUUGCGAGUCAUUUCUGGGACUUUUCACGGGUCAAACUGUACAAGAAAAGAACAUUUUGUACAAUGUUAAAUGACUUAUUUUUGAUGCUAAUUAUUUACUAAACCUCUGUUUGAGUGUGUGCGUGUGUGUGUGUGUGUGUGUGUGUGUGUGCGUGUGAGCAUAUGAGUGAGGUUGUUCAGUUACCCGGUCGACUGAGAGACAGCUGUGACACUGGUAUCAUUAUUACAAAUGCACAACUAAUGUUUGUGUGGAUAUAAGUGGAAUUUCAUUUGUUUUUAAUUUUGAGUCUCACUUUAUAUUUAGGUACACUGACUUGUUGCUUAUUAGCAUGCUUAUUAGCAACAUAUUAUUUGUCACUUAUUAAUGCCUUGUUCUGGGGGUUCAGGCUACUUGCUAUCAAUAAGCAGUAAUUUGCAGAUUAUUGAAGGAAAACUAUGGUCAUGCAGAAUAAGGCAUUAAUAAGUGCUUUAUAAUGACUAAUAUGCAUGCUAUAAGCAACUAGUUCAUGUUAAUAUACGUACCUUAAUAUAAUGUGCUAGCCUUUUUAGUUUUUUGCCUUUCUAACAAUCUACCUCUCAUACAUUUUUAGCUUUUAAUACAGCCGUCAUUAUUAAUCCUCCAUCGCGUGUCCGUGAGCUUUCCUCUCCGUCCACCUCUCACCUCUCCGUCCGUUGAAUCCUAACUAACACAGUGUGCCUUCUCUUAUUUCUCCAGAGAAGUUUCCUUUUUCUGUGCUGCUUCAAACCUCCAGUUUAACGCUCACACAGUCAUACACAGCCACGGCUGGGAGCUGCAGCAAGAAGCAGCCUUUUGCUUUUAGCUUCGCCACACAAACGGAGGAUUAAAGGCCUUGCUCAAAGGCUCGCUUCUGCAGCUGCCCACUAAGAGUUCAGGUAUUCUGUUCUGUUCAAACUCUGGUCUAUUGUUGCCUCGCGUCUCGCUCCACUGGCAUCCUUUCCCGCUCUGUCUCUCUCCUUCCUCACUCAGAACUGCUGAAUGCCUUCUUGACUUGUAUUGAUCACUUCUUCUCGGCCUGCUCUUUGUUUCUGUUGCACUCUUUUCUGCUGUGUUUGAUGUUUACCUCUAAAUAAAACUUUCCCUCUCUUCUCCUCUUCUGUCCUUUAUUGGCUUGUUGCGUUUAUCCAAUCUUCUUUUAAUCGUGUCUCAUUAUUCUUUGGGUUGUUUUCCUGUUUCAGCUCUGCUGCCUAAGAGGCCUCGACCUGUGAUUCAUUGACCAUGAAACUUAAUGUGAAACUUUAAUGUCCAUCAGGCCUUGAAGAGAAACUGAAGCAGCCUCUUUUCGUCUGUUCCUUGCUUUCAUUUACCAUUUCCUACUUAUAUACUUAUCAUACUUAUUUUCUAAUUUCAGUGCUUACUUCCUUUCACUUCACUCUAGUCUGGCUUCCUUCCUCUUCUUCCUUCUGUCUUCUGCACUGCCGUCUCUUUUCUAUUUUCUUCUUCACUUACUGGUUUUAUUCUUUUCUUUACUAGCGGUUGGUGUAGGUGUAUAAGUAUUAAGAUUUUAAUCUUCUUUCUUUCUUCUCAUUUCCCUCUUCUGCUCCUGUAUACUAUGCAGUUCUAGCUCUAUUUUCUUUAAUUAAAUUAGCUUUUUUCUUUUCUACUUCUUAGUUUUUAGUUUCCUUUGUCUUCUGAAUUUAUAUAAUUCUCAACUACAGUUUUUCUCAUUUCUCUUUCAUCAGUAGUUUCUCUUUUGCUCUGAGUAGUUUCUUUUUUAAUUGAACAGCCAGACUGUGCUUCAUGAUUUUAAAUUCUCUAACUGUACACGAGAUGAAUUGCACAGCUGUAGACUUGAGAUACACACAUACAAGCUUUUUUUUAUUCACCUUUAAUGAUAAAACUGUUGACAAAAAUAAAAGAUGUGCUUGCUUGCUGCAGAACUUUUCACUGUAGUUUUGUGAAAGUAACACACUUUUUAUAACUACAGGUUAUGGGGUUUCGUGGACAUAAUCUAGAGUUCAUCAAAUACAAAACACGUUUCUAUUUUGUGACUUUCAUUAGCGGUUUGUCAUACCAUCUUAGUUUGAUCCUUUUUCAGUAUCAGUGCACCUUCUGUAUAAAGCUUUCAACCUUCUAUUUUUUCUGCUGUUUCCUUUUAAACUUAACUGCAUGAACUCGUCCUUUGCCAUUCUUUCCUUCUAUUUAACUGAUUGCAUGUAGUCUUACAUAUUAUUCUUUUCUUCUAUUUUAAUCUUUAAUUACCUGUUUUCUAUCCUUUUCCCAGCAAUGUUAACUUUUCGAAAUGUUUUUCCACCUAUAUCAUGAAACUCCUUACUGUUCCCACUGCCCCAUGAAUUUACUUUGAUGUAUACCUCAAUCAUAUCGCCCGAAAUAAAGAAGUCAAACCUGGCUGCGUAAGGGAAAAUCAGGAAGGAAAUGCCUUCAUUGCGCCAUGUAACCAGACUCAUUUUACUUCUAUUUCAAGGGUGUCACAGGUGCCUCU